GAGUACAUUACCACAACAAAAGCUUGCUGCCCAGAACACACCAUUCUUACCUCUCUCACUCGCCAGCUCCUGCGAGAUUGUAGAGCUUGGUUCUUCCUUCGUUUUCUUCAAUUUUUCUCUAUAAAAAACUUGCAUGCAAAGCUUGAUUCAUAUUCUAAACACAUAGGUGCAUACUGGGAAGGUAAAAGUUCGAGCUUUAAGAGUCGGGAAGUUCAAGAAGCAAGGCCAUCUUCUUCAAUCAAGGAAACAGAUCAAAAAGAAUCAAGAAUCCAGUCUUGAGGAGCAGUAGAAGUCGAGUUACACCAUUUACAAAUUAAGACUCUUGUGCAGGGAAAAGCAAGCUAAGGUAGUCCGAGGGAUGAGCUGUAGUGAAGUCAUGUCUCAACUGUCAUAGUGGAUGCAAGCUUGAACAUGAUCAUAUUUUGCAACUUACUUCUGCUCAUGAACACUGUUUAACUUUAUUUUAUAACUUUCUUUUGGGUCUGUAAUAACUAACUUAAUUUCAUAUGUGAUGAAUGUUUAUUUUAAGAUUAGCUCGUAGAGUCAAUUCAACCAUAUUAAUGGGUUGACUCCAGCAGGUGACAGCCUCCGUAACGUUUGAUUAUGAUUUUGCUUCCGCUAUUGCUAGAAGUAUAGUUUUUAAUUAAUAUUUAACAUAAGCUAGGACGGGGGCUGUUACAAGUGGUAUCCGAGCCAAGGUUUUCUUAAUUUUAAAGAAAAAUGAAAAUGUGAUUUUGAUACUUAUCUUCAUAUAGGUAUUCAAUUGUUUUAAACAUAAAUGUUUUAAAUGAUUGAUUGAUCAUGUUCAAGGAAGCUAAGAAAUGCUAUGAUGGUAAGAGUAACAUGCUCAGUAGGGCAAAUAAUGUGUGUAGAUUAUGUGUGUGAUACUUAUGUGUAUUAUCUAAGUUAUGUGUUAUGUAUGUGCAACUAGAUGUCUACAAGUGGAAGUGGUAAUGGUAAUGGGUCAAGAGUAAUAUGGAGAAACAACGCAUAUUGGGUGAUUGGUAGUGAUGGAAAUCGAAGGUACCAGGAGGAACCAGAUGUUAAGAGGAAUGAAGGAGAGGAUCCGUUGGUAUUUGCUAGAGAAAAACUCAAUGUCAUAGAAGAGUAUAACCAGUUAUAUGGGAGUGGAAACCAUAACCCUUUCACUCGACCUGCUAUUCAAGCAUACACCCUCAUCAAGACCUUACCACAUUUUCAUCCCUGGGUGUUGUUCCGUUGGACCUACUGGAAAUUGCUAGUUUUGUUUAUGGCAACACCAUCUUUGUUGAAUUUGAAUGAGAGUGUUAUAGAUAAUAUUGAUAAGAAUUUGAUCAGGUGGGAAGGAACACCGGAGGAGGUGUUAGAGGAGAUGGAACGGGCUAAGCAGGCAGCGAGUUUGCAAGAUAUGGGUCGGGAUGCUCAGUACUGGAUAGAUAUGUACAACAGAAUAGCCACAGUAGAAUACCAAAGAAGAAGAGGGGGAAGAGUUCCUACACCCCCUAACUCUGCUGCUAGUAUGGUACCACCUCAACCUCAAAGAUCUGGAGAUUCCGCUACAAGUAUGGCUCCUCCCCAGUCACGUAAUUCGAGAGGAUCAAGUGAUGAUUCAGGAGGACCCUCGGGAGUGCCAGGAGUAGUAUUUCGAGGAAGUAACUCAUGGAUGAGUGACCCCGACUACAUUCCCGAAACCCCAUCCUCCAGUAGCGAAGACAGUGGAUACGCAUAUGAUCCAUAUAACAUUCUUUAGGAGGAAUUAGCAUAGUGAUGAUGUGGAAGGAAGUGGUAGUAGCCUUAGUUUUUAUUGUAUGUGUAAAAGAAUUGUCAGGAUGAGAUGAUCGACUCUGGGCAAUGGAACUAUUGUAUUGUAUUGUGAAGUUAAG